AUGGUACCUCGCGUAGUAUCUCUUUACGGGGCCCCCGCGCUGCUUCUCACUGCCGUUGUGUUUCUCGCUGUGCUUCUCUACACGCAUCCCGCAGUGGGUGCCACCAUGUCGGACACCUUCGCUGCUGUUGUGGCUGAGAAUGUGCAGUUGGCGGUGCGGCACUCCCGCCGCGUUGUUGGGGCUUUACUGCCGCCAGCCGCUCGUCCACACAUGAAACAAUUUCUCGCCGGAUUGACAUCGCCCGCCCUCGUCGCGCAGGGACUCCGCACUAUUCCAGGCACCAUCACAACAACAUCUACUACUACUACUACUACUAAUAAUAAUAAUAUGAUGUUAAGAGUGCAGGAUAUUUUGGCUUUCCCCGUGGAGAAGUUCUUCUAUGCGCUGGGCGGUAUGGUGGCGGAGUUAUUACUAUUGCGUUUACUUGUCCAUCCACGCCGUACACGUCCCUUUUCUUCUUCUUCCACUUCUUCUUCAUCGUGUGGGUUCUUUACAACACACUUUGGGUGGUGGCUGCUGCUGCUCGCUGUGGCGGUUCCCAACGGUGUGGUGGAGGCGGGCGUCGUGAUUGCGCUGCUGGCGCGACUGCCGCCGGAGACGUACACGCCGGCCGUCGUUGCGGGCAAAUUGCUGCAGCCGUACGUUGCGGCCGCCCUGCGGAGUUGUCCAGCCGUUGCGAGAUUUCUGCACUCCCCGCUUUGGUGGCGAUCAUCACCGCAGCCCGUUGGACGGGAAUCUCAACAACAACAAGGAAAAGGAAAAGGCGAAGGCGAAGAGUGGUUGGGGUCUCUUGUGGAGGUGGCGCUGUGGGGAUCUCUCGCGUUGACGGUGUUGUUGUUUCUGGCGCGGUGGGUGUGUGCGGAGCCGGCCGGCUGCGAGGGGGACGUGGGCGGCGAGAGUGACGGGGAGAGUGAAGAGGAUGUGAACUGA